AUGACAUCGCCACUCGCCAUUGGGCGUGGCUGCUCUCGAAGCCCCACGCCUUUAUAUAGUCUCACUCCUCGACCUCGGCCACCCGAUCUCAAGCACAGCGAAAAGCACUUAAGAACCAUGAAGGACCCCGUCGCCAGAACCAAUUCUCCCUACACCAAUCCCUCCGUCAAAGGCCCCCGAAGUCAACUCUUCACCAACAGACCCUCCGCCGCCGCCGCCAACAUGCUCGUCAAUACCGUUAACAAGACCGGUCUCCAUCCCGGUGGUAUCAUACCCCAAAACGAUCACACCGAGUUAGAGGAGGAGCUCCACGAGAAAGCCCACAUCGACUAUACACGAGUCGCAAUUAUCCCCAACCCCUCAGUUGCCGCCCUCUACGAAGAUGCCCUCGUGUACGAGACCGGCACCGCCGUCGCAUCAAGUGGCGCCCUGACUGCCUACUCCGGCAAGAAGACUGGCCGCUCCCCUAUGGACAAGCGCAUCGUGAAAGAGCCAACUUCAGAAAACGACAUCUGGUGGGGACCUGUCAACAAGCCCAUGGAUCCUGAGGUAUGGAAGAUCAACCGUGAGCGCGCUGUCGACUACCUCAACACUCGGAAUCGCAUCUACGUCGUUGACGGCUAUGCUGGGUGGGAUGAGAAGUACCGCAUCAAGGUGCGCGUCGUGUGCGCACGCGCCUACCACGCCCUGUUCAUGCGCAACAUGCUCAUCCGCCCGCCGCGCGAGGAGCUCGAGCACUUCCACCCGGACUACACAAUCUACAACGCCGGGCGCUUCCCCGCCAACCGUUACACCGAGGGCAUGACUUCCGGCACAUCGGUUGCCAUCAACUUCGCCGAGAAGGAGAUGGUUAUCUUGGGUACCGAGUACGCCGGUGAGAUGAAGAAGGGCAUUUUCACCGUCAUGUUCUACGAGGGUCCUAUCAAGCACAACAUCUUGACACUGCACUCGUCCGCCAAUGAGGGCAAGAACGGCGACGUUACCCUGUUCUUCGGGUUGUCCGGAACCGGCAAGACGACACUGUCGGCUGACCCUAACCGCGCGCUCAUCGGCGACGACGAGCACUGCUGGAGCGAUCGCGGCGUGUUCAACAUUGAGGGAGGAUGCUACGCCAAGACGAUUGGCCUCUCGGCCGAGAAGGAACCGGAUAUCUUCGGCGCCAUCCGCUUCGGCUCGGUGCUCGAGAACGUCGUCUUCGACCAGGACACCCGCGUCGUCGACUACGACGAUUCGACUCUGACGGAGAACACCCGUUGCGCCUACCCGAUCGAUCGCACAACGCCAACGCCUGGCUGCUCAACACCGGCUGGGUUGGUGCCGGCUUCGCCCCAGGGCGGCAAGCGCUGCCCGCUCAAGUACACGCGCGCCAUCCUCGACGCCAUCCAUAGCGGCGAACUCGCCAAGGUGGACUACGAGAACUACGAGGUUUUCAACCUCCAGGUGCCCACAUCUUGCCCCGGCGUGCCGGCGGAACUUCUCAACCCCAAGAAGGCCUGGACUGCGGGUGAUGAUAGCUUCAAUGCUGAGGUUACCAAGCUGGGCUCCCUGUUCUUGGAGAACUUCAAGAAGUACGAGAGCGAGGCGACUGAGGAUGUUGUCAAGGCUGGGCCGGUUGUUUAA